GGGCCGCGGGGCGGAUGAGGCGUUGCGCUGGCAGCUGGUUCCUGUUGUCGUGUUGGGCCUGCCGAGCCGGGCCGGGGUGCUGUAUCUAGUCGCGGUCCGUCAUGGAGGCCAGGAAGAUGAACCUCCCGCGGGGCCCCGAGAACCUCUGCUUCGACAAGGACGAGUUCAUGAAGCCGGAUUUUGACGUCGAUCACUUCGUAUCCGAGUGUAGGAAGCGCGUGCAAUUGGAGGAGCUCAGGGAGGAUCUGGAGCUCUAUUACAAGCUCCUUAAAACGGCCAUGGUAGAGCUCAUAAAUAAGGACUAUGCGGACUUUGUUAAUCUCUCAACAAACCUGGUUGGCAUGGACAAGGCCCUCAAUCAGCUUUCAGUACCCUUGGGACAGUUAAGAGAGGAAGUAAUGAGUCUAAGGUCGUGUGUCAGUGAAGGAAUUCAAGCAAUAGAUGAUCGACUGUCCAAACAAGAAGAUAUCAGAAAAAAAAAGGUGUGUGUCCUGAGGCUUAUUCAUGUUAUUCAGUCAGUUGAGAAAAUUGAGAAAAUUCUACAUUCCCAAGGCACUAACGAGUUAUCUACUUUAGAAGGAAACAGCCCGCUUUUAACUGGACAGGUUUUAGAGAGAAUUGCCACAGAAUUUAAUCAACUACAAUUUCAUGCUGUACAAAGCAAAGGAAUGCCCCUUCUGGACAAAGUGAGACCACGUAUAGCUGGAAUAACAGCUAUGUUGCAGCAGUCUCUGGAAGGACUGCUCUUGGAAGGACUUCAGACUUCAAAUGUUGACAUAAUACGUCACUGUCUUCGCACUUAUGCUACAAUUGACAAAACACGAGAUGCAGAGGCAUUAGUUGGUCAAGUGCUUGUAAAACCUUACGUAGAUGAGGUGAUUGUGGAGCAGUAUGUUCAAGCUCAUCCUAAUGGCCUUCAGGCCAUGUACAAUAAACUACUGGAGUUUGUUCCUCACCACUGCCGUCUCUUGCGUGAAGUUACAGGGGGAGCUAUUUCAAGUGAAAAAGCGGAUAUUGUUCCUGGAUAUGAUUUCUUAGUGAACUCAGUGUGGCCAGAAAUAGUACGUGGUUUAGAAGAAAAAUUGCCAUCACUGUUUAACCCUGGAAACCCAGAUGUGUUUCAUGAGAAGUACACUACCAGUAUGGAUUUUGUACGGAAGUUUGAACGGCAGUGUGGCUCACAGGCCAGUGUGAGACGGUUGAGAUCUCAUCCCUCCUACCACAGCUUUAACAACAAAUGGAACUUGCCUGUUUAUUUUCAAAUAAGAUUUAGAGAAAUAGCAGGGGCCUUAGAAGCUGCACUUUCAGAUUCUCUAGAGGAAGCACCAGAGGGCAGCUCAUAUUGUCUUUUGGCUACUCACAUGGUCUGGAUGAGUCUUUUGAAGUGCUGGUCGGAUCAAAUGUUCUUACCAUUGUUAGCACACCGUCUGUGGAAACUUAGUCUGCAAAUUUUGUCCCGUUACUCUGUGUUCAUCAAUGAGGUUUCCGUAAGGCCCAUUUCCAGUGAUAAUACAAAAGAAAGCAAAAAAUUAAUGCCAGCUGGUAGAAAGGAAUCUUCUGUAAACCUCAGCUCUAAUGAGGACCAAGGGAAUGGAUCUUCUCCAGAAAAUCAGUCUUUACCUUCCAUAUCCAGUACUCAGUUGGUGUAUGUAGCUGCAGAUCUGGAUAAACUCCAGGAAAAGAUUCCUGACAUCUUAGAAAUGAUUAAACCAAAACUUGAGAUGAUUGGCUUCAAGAAUUUGUCUUGUAUCGAAGGAGCCUUGGAAGACUCAAAGACUUCUUUAUCAGCCUGCAUACCUACCUUGAAUAACAGGAUUAUCCAGGAUCUCAGUGAGUCCUCUUUCACUUACCUGAAGAGUGCACUGGAAAUUCCAAGAUUAUAUAGGAGAACCAAUAAGGAAGUGCCAACUAAAGCUUCAUCUUAUGUUGACAGCGCUCUUAAGCCCUUCUACCGACUGCAGAAUGAGUACAGAAAUAUACUGAAACAGCCCAUGAUCCAUCAGUGGUUGGAAGGCGCUCUCUCUGAAAGCGCACAAAAGUAUUAUGAAACUGUAUCAGAUGUGUUGAGUUCCGUUAAGAAAAUGGAAGAGAGCUUAAAAAGGCUGAAGCAGGCCAGAAGGACUGCAGCUUUGAACCCCGUUGGUACAAAUGGGGGUAUGAGUGAUGAUGAUAAAAUCCGACUGCAGCUGGCUCUAGACGUCGAGUAUUUUGGAGAGCAAAUACGAAAGAUGGGACUGGAAACAAACAACAUAAAAAGCUUUUCAGCCCUUACAGAGCUUGUUCUGACUGCCAAGGAUCAGGCUACAGCAGAACAAUCCUAGGUGUUUUUGAGAACAUGUGACUGAUGAUGAAGAAGAAUGUAACUGUUCAUUAUUUUACCAAAUAAGUAGCAAGGAAGUGCUUCCUAUUGCUUCUCAAGCAACCAAUCGGUGCAUUUUCUGUUUGUUUCACCAAAAAGACUGAGAGUUUACCAAUAGUUUUCCAUUAUAUGGAAAGCAGUCCUAAGUUCUAAACUUCUUACUGUAGAAGUGAAAAGAUGAAGAAAAUGUUUCCAUUAUUUUUCUUGUAAAUCUUAUUGUGUAGAAGAGUGAACUUAUAUGAUGAAAAUAGUACGUAAUAAAUUGUCUUCCUAACUCUCA